AUGGGCCCCUGUACCGCCUCCUCAUGCUGCUGCCAGGCCCGUAAUCUGCCAUGGGCCCCCGUACCAACUCCUCAUGCUGCUGCCAGGCCCGUAAUCUGUCAUGGGCCCCUGUACCGCCUCCUCAUGCUGCUGCCAGGUCCAGAGUCUCUCAUGGGUCCCUGUACGGCCUCCCAUUGCUGCUGUCUCCAUCGCCACACUCUGCCAUGUGCCACUUUCAGGUCUCCUCACACUGCUGGUGGUUUCCAUUUUUGUCAUAGGGUGCUGUAUGGCCUCCCAUUGCUGCUGCCUCCACCGCCACACUGUGGCUCCACACUCUGGUUUUGGCCCCGUGACUGCCCAAAUGAGUGAAGUGUGCGGUGAUUCUAAGAUCGACGGCACUCAUCUGCAUGUCAUACUGACUGACAGUAUUAUUUCUCUUCCCCAGCAGACUCCAAGGGCAUUUAAAUUAAAGGUACAGUGUUCUGCACUAAUAUAA